CUCCCCCCACCCCCUGCAACAACAGCAUAAAAUUUAUUGACAGAAGAAAAUCGAAAAACUGCGCUGCAGCAAAAACAACAAACGAUAUUUUGCAUCAAGCUUUCUCCGACGAAUUACAACUGCAAAUGCUCCACCCGCAAUGGACAUCCCGCUGAAGGUGGUGGCGAAGCUUUCCGCCCCGGAGAAGCCAGAUGCCGUGCUUGAUGAAAAAGAAGAAGAGGAAGAGGAUGUGGUGGCAGCCGGAGGUCGCAAGUUCCGCUUCUCGCGUGUCUUCCGCGGCGAAAUGGAUCCUCGGGAGAUCUACGCGGAAACGGUGGCCGGCGUGACGGAAUCGGUGCUGGAGGGGUACGACUUUUCGAUUGUUUCGUUUGGGGAUCGGGAAAGUGCCAAGAGUUUCACGCUCUAUGCGAAUGGGGCCUGCGAGGGAAUCGUGCUGUGCUUCGUGAGGGAUCUGUUCUGCCAGCUGGGAGGGCACCCGGAGCGGAUGUAUUCGGUGGGGGUGGCCUGGACGGAGAUUACGAGCGAUGGAGACGUGGUGGACUUGCUGGGAGUUGCGCUGAUGCAGUGCUUCACGAUUGAGGAGAUUUACGGGUUGUUGAGCCUGGGACUGCACAACCGGAAUCCGGACAAUCACAAUAUACUGAGUUUGAUCCUGGAGCAGCAGUGGACGGCGUUGAAUGGGCUGAAUCAACAUCGCCAGUCGACGAUCAGCUUCUGCGAUUUGUGCGGCACGGAGAGGGAAAUGGUGGAGGGGAAAAGCGUUCUGAAGGAUUCCGGAUUGAGGAAGCUGGAGGACAUUGUCCACAAGAGGAGCGACGAUUACAAUGAAUCGAUUCUGACGGCUUUCCUGAAGGAUUCCUUCGGGGGAAGGGCUCAGACGUUGAUGCUUCUCUGCAUCAAGGACGUGGAAGGAGAGAACGGAUUGAGGAAUCUAGAGUUUGGAGACAAGGCGCAGGAAAUAGUGAAUCACGUGGUGAUGAAUACGUUUUCGGAUAACAAUGUUCCGGCUGUGGCACUGAAUGAGGAUCUCGCAGCGGGAAUCGUGCAGCCUAAUUACGAUGGCCUGUACUUUGCCUCGCAACAGUGGUCUAAGCUGCUGAAGAAUGCCGAGAGUUUGUUCAACAAGAUAUUCAACACUUGCGAGCUCAGUCAGCAGGAGCGAAGCCAAAUCGAAGAAUGGCUCUACCUGAAAGCGGAAUGCGACGAUUGUUUCAGCUCGACCGACAUCAGUAUUACUGCUGGGAAUCCCCCGGCGAGGGUUUGUCUUGGCCCCAUAGAGGAAAUCGACGAAGGAGACGAUACGCUGCAAAGCAGUGGCAAAGUCAAUACAAGCGAGCAGUGCAAUUCGGACAAUGAAAGCGAUUCGGACAUCUGCACGCAUCUGACGGACAUGACCGAUCGAAUUCAGGGCUAUAUGAAGAACUUCCAAGUCAAAACGAACAACAUAAUCAACGAAAAGUACAAAGACUUCUUCCAGGCGCACCCGAAGAUGAUCGACGACAUGAACGAGGAAAUCCGUCAGCAGGAGAAGAAGAAACAACUGGCUCCGGUGCACAAUCCGGCCAGGAGGAAGUCCAUCUACGACACGGAAUCCAUCAGUAGCAAUGAACUCUCGUUGAUGUCCCAACUCAGAAGCAAUUCUACAACAUCCUUAGCUCCCACUCCAACCGUGAACAGCAAACGAUUGGAUACCCUCAACAACAACCUUCGCAUUACGGUGGCAGGAAUCGACUCCCUGCACGCCCAAAUCGAAGAAAUCCGACGCACGAUUUCGCUCAAGCAAAAGUACAUCACGGAUCUGAUCGAGAACAGCGAAACGCGCUCCGUAGCCAAGUCGCGCUUCAACAAGAAGAAACGCAAUCUAGAGGACGAGUACGAAAAGGCGAAGAAACAACUCACGCGAGCCGUCGUCAACGGCGCAGACAAGAAGGAAAUAAACCAUCUCAAAGGGAAGACCUCCCAACUUGAACAGAGACUGAAGGACCUGGACUCGAUUCGGUACAUCGCCGGCGAGUCGGGUCACAAGAAGAAGAAACUACAACAAUCGAUCAAAGACUCGCACAAGCAGCUGGAGGUGCUGCAGAAGAUGCUCAAGAAGGAGCUGGACAAGAAGGAAUCGAUCGAGAAGGAGAUCGAAGUGGCCCGGAAGGAGAAAACGUCGAAAGUCAGUGCCAUUCAGGAGAUUAGCGAAGGCAAGAGUAAGAUAAGGAACAUGAACGAAAGAAUCUCACAUAUCGAACACGUGCUGAAGGAGAAAUCGAGCAAUCUCAAGAAGUACGUUAACAAAAAGUCUGAGAAGGAUUCGCUGCGACAGGAGAUUAUCAAUCUCCGAAGGACGCGGGAUCAUCUGCUGGAGCAGCGGUGCAAUUUGGAUAAGAAGAUACGCGAAGACAAAAUGCCAUCGUUCGACGAGGAACGAAAGCUGGUCGAAUGCGACGAAGCCAUCGAAGCGAUUGACGCCGCUAUCGAGAUGAAGAAUGAACUCAUUUGUGGCCGGAAGAGCAUCGAUACGGAUGAAAGUCUCCAGCGUGAAAAGGGCGAACAGAUGUUGAUGGCCCGGCUGAACAAACUUUCCACCGACGAGAUGCGAACGUUGCUGUACAAGUACUUCCAGAAGGUGGUUGAUCUCAAAGAGAACAGCAAGAAGCUAGAAGUGCAGUUCAUCAGCUUGGAGCGAGAGCGGGAUACCUGGGAGUGGCAGGAGAAGAUCCUGACCAACGCCAUCCGGCAAACCCGUCUAGAAAAAGAGCGCUCGAUAAUCGCCCUCCAGAAGCAGCACGAGACCAAAUUGAAUCUCAUGUUGCGUCAUUUUGCCGCCGACACGUCGGCUUCCAUCAGCAGUUCCAUCCCGGACAACGCGCUGCAUCCCUACUCGCCGACCAGCGAUCUGGUCCUAAGCCCAGGAUCCAGUCGCUACCAUCAUCACCACCUGGCCGCGCUGGACUCCGACUCGGAACCGGCCUCGCACUCGCACAGCAAACAUCUGGCCGCCCAUUUCAAAGCCAAUGUGGCCGCGGCGGCGUCCACGGUACAACCGCUGGCCGCUACCAGUGCCACCGCAGCCGCCGUUGUCGAGAAGGACCGCAGCAAGAACAAACUGUUCUCGAAGCUGCAGGUGCUCACGCGCUACCACAACGACAAGCGCAAAAUCUUCGCACAAACGGACAUCCCGCAGCAGAAUCUGAAACAGCUGCAGAUAUCGUCCCGGCCCUCGCUGACCAAGGUGACCCGCGAGAAGAACAAAAUCAUCAUCCAGAACGACGGUCGCAAGUAAUCUACUUUCUCUUCGUGAAUACUCUCUAUUUCUUAUACCCAAUGCAUUGAGAUGAUCUCUAACGUUAUAACUUGAUACACCUCCAGAACAAAAAUAGGAUUCGUUAGGAUUUGUGACUGUGUCGUGGCCAAUCGAUGAAAUUUAGGACAAACAAUGUUAUAUGUAGUCGUUAUUCUAGCUAACUAGGAACUUGGUACUAUUAUACCACGAUGACCCUCUCUGUACCACCAAAACCUCUCUCUAUACCUGCGUGUGUACUUGUGUGACCUUAUAUACUUAUUGUGCAUUUAAAUAGAUGUUCGGCUACCGCCUUGAGUGGUAGCGAUUUACACCUAUAGUGUCCCGCGAUAA